AUGUAUUAUGGCAGUGGGAGGGAAACAGGUGGUAAUAGAUACUCCGUACGUGAACUCGACACUUCCACUUUCGCUCCGCUUCACCAACCAACCUACAACCUCACCCACCACAGCCAGUCAUGGAUAAAAUCAUGUACAAUUACUGUUACACACUCCCGGCAAUUUGGCACUUGA